CGCGUGGUGCGCUCCGGGCGGUGCCGGACGGGAGCGCGGGGCGGUGGCGCAGUCCGCACCAUGGCGUACCCCGGGCACCCUGGCGCCGGCGGUGGGUACUACCCAGGCGGGUUCGGAGGGGCUCCCGGAGGGCCUGCGUUCCCUGGACAAACUCAGGAUCCGCUGUAUGGUUACUUUGCUGCCGUAGCUGGCCAGGAUGGGCAAAUAGAUGCUGAUGAGUUGCAGAGGUGUCUGACACAGUCGGGCAUUGCUGGUGGUUACAAACCUUUUAACCUGGAGACUUGCCGACUUAUGGUUUCAAUGUUGGAUAGAGACAGGUCUGGGACAAUGGGGUUCAAUGAGUUUAAAGAACUCUGGGCUGUGCUGAAUGGCUGGAGACAACAUUUCAUCAGUUUCGACAGUGAUAGGAGUGGAACAGUGGAUCCUCAGGAGCUGCAAAAGGCCCUGACAACAAUGGGAUUUAGGUUGAGCCCCCAAACUGUGAAUUCAGUUGCAAAGCGAUACAGCACCAGUGGAAAGAUCACCUUUGAUGACUACAUUGCCUGCUGUGUCAAACUGAGGGCUCUCACAGAAUACUGUGUUGUUUUGCAGAUAGCUUUCGAAGACGGGAUUCUGGUCAACAAGGUGUCGUGAAUUUCUCAUAUGAUGAUUUUAUUCAGUGUGUCAUGACCAUCUAAAGAGGAAGCUCUCUAAACAUACUCAGCAUUCCAACUGGAACUCGCCUUUGCUUACUCUUUGCCUUCAGUGAUGUGUUAAGUUAAAUCAGCAUUCCCCUGACAACUGUUGAAAAGGGUUACUACUUCAUACACAACUGAAGCUUCAUUUUUAAUUUUGAUAAUAAAUUCUUUGGACAUUUAAUAAUAUAUGAUCAAGUCUGUUACCAAUCAGAGCUUCCUUGAACCAUUGUCAAUCAUGCCUUACUUUUCUGCUAACCCUCUUUUAUAUAAACUUAAGUAUGCAAAAUGUU